AGUUCAGAGUUUUACUUGGAUCUUUGGAUUUCUCUACUGGGUUGUGCAAUUCAAAAGCCACAGAUGCUGGCCCGUCAGCUGGACGGGGGCCAUUUGUGUGUUUGGAUUGGCCUGUGUCGCACCUCCAAUAUUUGACAAUGGAUUUCAAAACUUUUGGAAUCAAGUUUAUCCGGCAUUUUGUAAUACCUGUCUUUCUUCUUUGCUUUAAACAACUUCAAAUUAGAUGUCAAUAUUUAAAUAGCAGGAAUGUUUGCCUUAAAAAAAAAAAAACCCAAAAACUUUCUUGCCUCAAUUGGGGAGCCUGAAGAGCCUGGCAAAAAUAUUUAGGUCUUCAAGGGCCAGCUUAGGCUGUGGGGGCCAUCCGGGGCCCCUCGGAGCUGCCUAUCUAUUUUCUUUGGCUAUGCAUUACCCGCACUAAGGCCCUGGAAUCAUUAUCACCAGCUCCCAGACAUCCAGUUUAGCCUGUCCUCUGUCUAUGAGGACAGCCUGCGGCAUUCCCCAUACAGGAUGGAUUCUCUGAAGGGAUAAUGGAAAUGUCUAGAAGGUGAAUGAUGCCACAGGGCAGGUUUCUGGCUUCACUCUGUCAACUCUUGACGGUUUGUAUUUCCCGAGUGUGUCUGAGUGACUCAGAGAGGGCUGGGGGCCAUUGCUGGGGUCCCUAUAUCCACCUACCCACAGCACCUUAUACUCUGCCUUGUUCUUGGUUCAUUAAGUGGCUUACUGGCAGAUUCGGGCUUCGAUUUGGGUUUUUAGGCUUAAGACUAUAUGGCAAUUGCUGAGAGCCGAUUAUAAAAUGCCAGAAAGCUUUCAAUACGCUGUGUUCUCCACAGCCACGGGGCAAGGGUUUAGCAGAAAGAAGGCCCGGGUUCAGACCCAGCCCAUCACGAAUCAGCUGUAUCUGAUGCCUCUCUGGGCCUUGCUGUACUGACCUGUGACAAAAGCAUCAUGGGAGCCCCCAUUGGUGUACUCCAGGUACCAUGACCACAGGAGGUCCCAGCUUCCCCAGCCCUCCAACCUUCCUUAUGACUCCUACCACUUCUGGGACUUACACCCCGGCUGCUGACCCUGUGCCGGUUCUCAUCGCCCUGGCCUGUAUUUUUCUGCUGUUGGCCUCUUGCCUGCUCUUCAUGAUGCUGUGUAAGCCCGCUGCGCUGGACCCUGGUCGUCAAGGGGCCCGAGAAUGCAUGCCGCAUCACCCGGUAAGCCCCAGUGAGCCCAGGCUCCGGCUCUGGAAGCGCCUGGGCUCCCUACGACGUUCUCUGCACAGCUUCCGGCGAGGCAGGCCUGCUGUCCAGCAGUGUCCCUCACCGCUGCCGGGCCUUGAUGACCACCGAGGUGACUGUGACUUCACUGAAGCCACCAAGAUGUGAUACAGUGCUCAUCCCCACACAGGCUCACCUAAGAUCAUCCUAUCUCCGAUGGAGCCUGGCAUCACAGACUGUAGGGCAGUGAUACCCUGGACCCCAUAUCACCCCGGUAUUUCCCUGUGUGUCCAGCCCUUGUUCUUUCCCAGAAGACUCUGGUGGCCCCUGCUUACUAACAGACCCUUGGCUCAAAAUACCCACCGGCCUCUAGACCUUUACUCUGCGGCCCCGAGGUAUAACUUGGGGGCAUCACAGCUAUUUUGGAAGCCAGGUAUCUACUGAUCCCAGGAAUAGCCCUCUCUGCCCCUCCAGAAGCCUUGCUCAUCUUCUAAAGGCCCAGCUUAGAGCAGCUGCUAAAAGGUCCAGACACCUCAACCAAGUGGGAUGUUUGCCUACCCUGGGUCUACACUAGCCUGCAUAUCUGUGCUAACCUAGUACUCCAGAGAAAGGGACCCCGGGGGUCCUUUUUUUGACCUUCCUGCCCCUUCUUGUGGAUCUGGUUGGUUGCCAGACAGGGGCUUGGCAAGUAUCAAAUCGUGAGCCUGGGAAGCUCCUUCGUGGCCCCCUGUCAAGACAGAUUGGGAGGGCCUGAAGACAUUAGCCUACAGAAGAAGUUUCCUAUAUGCUGAGUGUGGUAGUUUAUACUUGUAAUCCCAGCAUGCAAUAGGAGUGAGGCAGGAGGAUUGUUCAAGGCAGCCUGGCUACAACGUGAGAUCCUAAUUCAAAUGAAAUCAAAACAAGUUGGACAAACAGGUAAAAAAGAGGCUGUUGUCCAAGGGUAGGUGGAGGCUGAAUCACUCUGGUAGGAUGCUGGCCACUGCCAGUACCGGAGGGGAUGCUGCCAGUACUGGAGGGGAUGCUGCCAGUACUGGAGGGGAUGCUACCUGGACUCUGAGGAUGGUACCAUGAUACCAUGGUACCAUGGUAGUGGUACCAUGUCUCACUAGGAAAGAGGUGGCCUUCUCUCAGACAGCAUGGACCAGACCUCUCAGGACAGCGGUAGGAUCAAGACUGGCUGGCACUAGCUGUGUUCUAUAUGUUAUGGCAACAACUUCAUCAAAUGACCUGUGGAAGCUGGUCCACUGCAGUGUGGUGUGGGCUGCUGGGAAUCCCAGCCUUCUGUCCCAUGUUCCACGGCCAAGGCCUUCUGCUGCAUCUCAGACUUGAAGAUUGGGCAGAGGGAACCUAAGAUGCUUAGGUCCUGUCCCAGAGUCAAGUGACCUGGGACCCCAUCCCAGGGCUGCCCACCCCAACCUGCUAUAACCCAGAGUAAAGUCACCCAAUAGUCCCCAGGACUAAGCUCUGGUUUUGCCAUUCCCCAGAUCCAGAGCCUUCACUGGCUCCCCUUGCCCACUGGAUGUGCCCCCUCCAUUGGAUGCAGCGGGAUCUAGGCAGUAGAUCAGUUUAGCCUCAUCUUGGCCAGACACUUAAGGCAACUGAGCAACGUGCCCUCCCUGUCUAUGGUCUAAGCUUUGCUGGCACCUGCACUGUGAGGCCUUCUUUGUUUUGCAACAGAACUGCCCUUCCGUCUG